ACAGUUUUUAUGUUUUGAGUUAUCUUGAGUAUCAUUGAGGAUAAUAUUUUUGAAGGUUUUACGUGUUGGUUUUAAAGCUUAUUAAUAUUUGACUAAAAUAAAAAUGGCAUUUUUGUAAAUUUAAGAAGAUACUAAAUUGUUAUAAGACAAUUUUUUUACAAAUUGAUGUUAUACCAGCAAAAAUAUUAUAAUCUAUCGUUUUUGUAAUGAGUGAUUUUACUCAAGAUUACUCAAAAACAUUAAAAAAAAAAAAAAAACGAUUCUCCAUAAAUGUGUUUUGUCUAUGUUGCGCAUGGGUGAGAGAGAGAAAAUGAAUAGCGCGCUAACAUUCUCUAAAUAAUAUGGUUAAGGCAGAUAUAUCAUAUAGAUAAAUGUGCCUACUAUACUAUAAUGGUUUUUUUUAAUUUACUAAUAUUAAAUAUUGUUCAAUUUUAUAGAAGUGAAGUUCGCACAUUUUUUAACUUGGACACUAAAGUUAAAGAACCAGAUAGACCAAACCUUUUUAAAUGCUCUGGUACCAUAAAUUUAGGACCUUCAGAAAGACCAUCUGCUAAACCAUCAGAUUUUGUAUUUCUUCGUAUUAUUGGAAAAGGCAGUUUUGGUAAAGUUUACUUAGCUGAACACAAAACUGAAUCCAUUCAUUUCGCUGUUAAAGUGUUGGAUAAAAAACAUAUACUUGCAAGAAAUGAAGUCAAACAUAUCAUGUGUGAACGCAAUGUUCUACUGAAAAAUAUAAAUCACCCAUUUCUUGUUGGGCUUCACUACAGCUUCCAAACCAAAGAUAAACUUUACUUUGUACUUGAUUUUGUAAAUGGUGGAGAGUUAUUUUAUCACUUACAAAAAGAAGUUAGAUUUUCAGAAACCCGAGCUAAGUUUUAUACAGCUGAAAUAGCAUCUGCCCUCGGUUAUCUUCAUUUUAAUGGUAUUAUUUAUAGAGAUCUCAAACCAGAAAACCUGUUACUUGACCAAGAAGGACAUUUGGUUCUUACUGAUUUUGGAUUUUGUAAGGAAGGUCUUAUUGGAACUGAAACUACAAAUACAUUUUGUGGAACUCCUGAAUAUCUCGCUCCUGAAAUAAUCAGGAAAGAAGCAUAUGGCAGAUCAGUUGACUGGUGGUGUCUUGGUGCAGUAUUAUACGAAAUGUUAUUCGGACUCCCGCCAUUUUACAGUUUAAAUGUGCAAGAAAUGUAUAAUUUAGUUUUACAUAGUAGAUUAAAAAUAAAAGGACCUGUUUCAUCACAAUGUAAAAAUUUAUUGCACAAGUUAUUGGAAAAAGAAAGCAAUAAGAGAAUUGGUAGCAAUGUUCAAGAUUUUAAUGAGGUUAAAAAACAUUCAUUUUUUAAAUCGAUCAAUUGGGAUGAUUUAUUGAAUAAACGUAUUACACCUCCUUUUCAACCACAACUGAAUGGAACAUGUGAUUUGCAAUAUAUUGAUCCACAGUUUACAAAAGAAUCUGUUAGUUCAUCCAUGUCAUCGUUUUGCGACGAAAAACUUUCUUCUAGUAAACAAGACAUAGAUAAUGUGUUUGCUGGCUUCUCUUACACUCCUCCUUCUAGUUUAGAUUAAUAAUUACCAAAUAAUAAUUGUUCCUAUUAUUAGUUCUUUUCAUUUAUAUUUAAUUGACUUGUGGCUGGCUUAAUAAGACUCCCUAUCUACAACUUUUUAAUACCUACACAAAAAGAUUUUAUUCUAGUUAAUAGCUGUGAUUAUAAAAUAUUAUAAUUAAUGUAAUCAUGUUUUUAAGAAGCAAUAAAUAAUAUGUUCAAAAUAAAUAAGCAAUAACAUUCCAUUUUUAAUACACUAGCACCAAUGUGUGUUCAUACAUUCAUUUUGCAGCUUAAUUAGCCAGGGUCUUAAUAAGAAAAAACAAUUUCAAAAAGAAUUCAUUAAAGUAUAUUAUUCAUUAUAAUACUUGAUAUGAUGUUUUGAUUGUUAUUCACUGCCAAAAUGUUGCAAUGUGAAAAAUUAAUUUAAAAAAAUGAUAAUUGUGAUUUAUUACACCAUUUAUUUUUGAGCUUAAAAAUCGUAUUCUUAUUGUAAUGUAUAAAUUGUGAGUUUAUAAUAUCAUCCAAUAAGUUUUAAAUGUGUAAACUAGCAUUUCAAUAUGCAUGCAAAUAAAAAUAAAUUAAAUUAUAUUAUAAUUAAAUAAUAUAAUUUAUACUUUGUUAUAUGUGUGUGUGUAUUAUAAAUACUGUAUACCAAAUUAAACCUAAACUAGAAUACUCCAAUAAAUGCCUAAUACACAGUGUAAUUCAUUAAAUAAUAGCCAAUACGUAAAUAUACACAUUUUUUAUUGCUUCUAACCUAUGUAUUAUCAUGAAUUACUAAUAUUACUACUAAAUGUAUUGUAAGUUACAAAAUCAUACAAUGUUAAGAUUAAUUUAAUUCAAUUUUAUUGACUAUGACAUAUAAUACUGUGUUAAUUAUUACAAAUUGACAUUCACUGGAUACUGCCAUAAUAUAUUGUUAAUACUAUACUAUAUACUCUUGUUAGGAUUGUUUUAAACAAAUUUAAAAGAUUUUAAAAACUGAAUGUUACUUAUAUUAUAUAUAUAUAUAUAAUUCUUGCUGAAUACUUCUCGUCCUAUGUUUUUUUUUUUUUUUUUUUUAUUAUUGUAUGAUUUAUAUACUGUAAUUAACUAUAGAAGAAUUAUUACACAUUUAAAUUUUUUAAGUGUACAUUUCUAUACCCAAAGAAUUUUUGUUAUAUAAUGCCUAUUAUACUUUUAAUUUUAAACUAUAAAAUAAAUUAUAUUAUUUAUUAUUUAGAUUUAUGUUGUUGAUCUUAAAAAUUUUAUUUAUCAAAAAGUUUAAUUAGUUAAGUGUUAAACUUACUGUUAUAAUAAUUGUUUUUGUAUUUUAAUUGUAUGCUUAAUAUUGAAUUAUUAACGUUUGUAUCUCUUUAAAUCAAAUAUAUAAUAAGUAAUAACUUAA